GACGGCAUACGCGUGCAUCAAUGAAAAUAUUAAACUUUAUGGUGUAACUUAUAAUCUACGAAAUAAAACUGUGUCAGCAAAAGAAUUUGAAGCUUCGCUUGAUUCUAAGACGAAUAUUACUGAAAUUAUUUAUAAUGGUCCUAAACAAAUUUCUGGUUUCGAUUUGGAUUAUAAUAUUCCAAGAU